UCACGACAUAUCGUCAACAGAAUCAGCUGUCCCAAUAUCUACACAUGCUGGAGGGAAAUAAUAAAAAAAUCACCCACGCCUCACCACUAACGACGAGAAGAGAAAGAGAUUCCUCCCCUCCGCUGUACUAAUACAGGGAAGCUCCCGGUCAUGCUUGCCUUUGGAGCCUUGCCCUUUCCCCUAGACUAGACUCCCCAGCCCCAGAGGCCUCAACACCUACCAGACUAACAUCUCCUUCCUCCCCCUCCGUCUCCUGAGGUGCUCAUGGCCUCGAGCUCAAACCCGGUCAGCAUGGACAUGGACCCGCCCGUCCUCUCCAUCGCCGUCGAGCACGGCCCGCCGGAGUCGCGCCUGGUUCAGCUCGGCGUCAGGUCCUGGCCCAAGUGGGGCUGCCCGACGGGGAAGUUCCCGGUGAAGUUCGACGCGAGGCAGACGUGCUACCUGGUGAAGGGCAAGGUGCGGGCGCACAUCAAGGGGUCGUCCGAGUGCGUGGAGUUCGGCGCCGGCGACCUCGUCGUCUUCCCCAAGGGGCUCAGCUGCACCUGGGACGUCGUCGCCGCCGUCGACAAGUACUACAAGUUCGAUUCGUCCUGACUUCGCCGGUGACUGUUCGCGGUGACUAAUUCGCCUCCUGAUUUAGAUUGGUGACUGUGUUAGCCUCAUUCUCUAGCUAAUUUGCUAGACAUAAUAUCCGUCUCUAUUGGCUUCGUCGUGUGUAGUAGUAGUAGGGAAAAAAAUCGGUGUGAGUGAGGUGAGGUGAGGGGCAUCUAGCCCUCCUGUGUAGUAGUAGGUUCCUAGUUAUUCAGUUGCCCCCCAAAACCGGUCAAUGCAGUGGCCGUUCAAAGUAUUCUUAUUUAUUGCCCAGAGUGCAGUGCAAAUCCGUUUUGAAUGCCUUCUUUGACCAGCCAGCAUCAGUGGACUGCAUUGUCUAUGGCCACCUUCCUUUUCUUCUUUAUGAGCAGGAUUACAGGGCCAGGGGUGUGUGUGGGGGGGGCUAUUGACCACCCACAGCACUUUAAGAGUGUGAUAAAGCAUGGCUGAGAGAUGAGAAUUGGCUUGUGUUUUAUUUAUAAAGCGGGGCGAGAGCGUGUUUGAGAGAUGAGAAUUGAUCGACUUCUAGUAUUUAUGAUCUUAUCUCGCAUACAAACACACGUUCUCUCUCUCUUGCGAAAUCAGCAUAUCCUACUCAGCUACAAUUAAUGCUACUUUCUUCAUUGUUUCUAACAUCCUAGAGCCCCCUGACCUAAAAUGUGGGGGGUACCACAAUUUAAAAAUGUGAAAAUUUACACUACAGAUAGUAAGAUUUGAUGUAAACAUCAUUAUAGUCUUAAUAAAAAGUCUUAAAAUAGCAUGAGCUUGUUAACUAUCUAGUGUUAAGUAUAUAAGAAAAAAUAUUUUACAAUUUUGGCAGCGCCACCCUAGAUCCGCCUCCAGCUAGAAGCCUAGAACCCCUGCCCUCAAAACAAACAAAAGAAUGACCGUCCGCUGAUAGAUACAAAUUUACCGAAAAUGGCUAAUGAAAGUUGCUAUCUAUAGAUUGCCAUCAUAGAGACCGUACAAUAAAACUUCUCUACUUUUAAGUAAUGUUGACUCAUAAUAUAC